AAGAAUUAAUAUAAAUGGUAGGCCGACCGACGUGUUCGCAACUACUCCUGACAACAUGCGUGCUAUCAUAUUACUGGCCCUCGUGGGAGCCGCUCUGGCGGUGCCGCAGCAUGGCUCGCGCAUCGUGGGCGGCGAGGCCACCACCAUCCAGGAGUACCCCUACAUGUCCAGCAUGAUCUACAGCUGGUGGGGCAUCUUCCCCUCGCAGGCCUGCGGCGGCUCGCUCAUCACCGCCACCAGCGUGCUCUCCGCUGCCCAUUGCUACCACGGCGACCCCGCGUCCUUGUGGAGCGUGCGGCUGGGCUCGACGCAGGCGUCGUCGGGCGGCUCCCUGCACGCCGUGUCGCAGCUGGUGGUUCACGCGCAGUACAACGGCAACACGCUCGUUAACGACAUCGCCUUGGUGCGGCUCGCCAGCCCCGCGCAGUUCUCCGCCAACAUCGCCACGGUGCCCAUCGCCGGCGCCAACUACAACGUGCCCGACGGCACUCAGCUCUUCGCCAUCGGAUGGGGAACGCUCUGGUCCGGCGGCCCCGGGUCGGAGAACCUGCAGCACGUGGACGUGAACGUGAUCAACCAUCAACUGUGCGCGGAGCGGUACGCGUACCUCAAGACGCAGCCCGGCUACGGCGGCUGGCCCGACAUCACCCCCGAGAUGCUGUGCGUGGGUAUUCUGGACGUGGGCGGCAAGGACGCGUGCCAGGGCGACUCCGGCGGGCCGCUGUCGCACCGCGCGCCCACCGGCGACGUGCUUGUCGGCAUCACGUCGUGGGGCUUCGGCUGCGCGGACCCCUUCUACCCCGGCGUCAACGUGCGCCUCUCCUCAUACGUCGACUGGGUGCUCGCCAACGCCUAAACUCGCCAUGUCAUACUGAAUAUUCGUU